UUUGUGCGGUGGCAGCGGGGCGAGCGGCCGGACGGCAGGGACAGCCUCGCCCACCAAGUGGCCCCCGAGACGCACUGGCCGGAGCUCAGGGUCCUCGUCCUGGUGGUCAGCGGGGAGAAGAAGCAGGUGGGCAGCACGGCGGGGAUGCAGACCAGCGUGGACACCAGCCCCUUGCUAAAGCACCGGGCAGAGGUGGUGGUGCCGGAGCGCCUGGCCCUGAUGAUACGGCACAUCCACGAGCGGGACUUCGAGGGCUUCGGGCAGCUCACCAUGCAGGACAGCAACCAGUUCCACGCCACCUGCCUCGACACCUUCCCCCCCAUCUUCUACCUCAACGACCUCUCGCGGCACAUCAUCGCCCUGGCACACCGCUUCAACGCCCACCACGGUCGCACCAAGGUAGCCUACACCUUUGACGCCGGCCCCAACGCCGUCAUCUUCACACUGGCCGACACCGUAGCCGAGUUCGUGGAGGUGGUGAGACGCAGCUUCCCCCCCGCCGCCAACGGGGACCAGUUCGUGCGGGGGCUGCCUGUCGGCUCG